GAGCCCGAUCCGGCCAUGGCCAUGGCGUCCCCGGCCAUCGGGCAGCGCCCGUACCGCCUGCUCCUCGAACCCGAGCCGCCGCGCUACUUGCAGAGCCUGGGAACGCCGGAGCCGGCCGCGACCUCCGGCCGCGCCUCGCGCCGCUGCGGGUCCGCCGCCCUGGCCGCCGCGCCCGGGGCGCGCGAGGGGCACGGCGCCCGGAGGGCUGCGCGGGUGGACCUGGAGCCCCAGCCGCGGGCCGCCCGCCCAGCUCGCCCGCUCCGGCCCGGGCUGCAGCAGAGACUACGGCGGCGGCCGGGGGCGCCCCGGCCCCGCGACGUGCGGAGCAUCUUCGAGCAGCCGCAAGAUCCCCGCGUCCCGGAGGAGCGAGGCGAGGGCCACCGCUUUGCGGAGCUGGCGCUGCGGGGCAGCUGCUGCUGCUGGUGCGAUCUGUGCGGACGCGAGGUGCUGCGGCAGGCGCUGCGCUGCGCUAACUGUAAAUUCACAUGCCAUCCAGAAUGCCAGCACCUGAUCCAGCUGGACUGCACCCAUCAGGGAGGGGCGCACCGGGACAGACCCUCUCCAGAGAGCACCCUCACUCCACCCUCCCACCAGAAUGCAGGUGCCACCGUGGACACCCCAGGGAGCCCCCCCACACUGCAGGAACUCAAGCAGAAGAUUGAGAGUUACAACACUCGAGAGAAGGACUGCUUGGGCAUGAAGCUGAGUGAAGAUGGCACCUACACAGGCUUCAUCAAAGUGCAUUUGAAGCUUCGGCGGCCGGUGACAGUGCCUGCUGGAAUCCGGCCCCAGUCUAUCUAUGAUGCUAUCAAAGAUGUGAACCUGGCCGCCACCACAGACAAGAGGACGUCCUUCUACUUGCCCCUUGAUGCCAUCAAGCAGCUGCACAUCAGCAGCACCACCACAGUCAAUGAGGUGAUCCAAGGGCUGCUCAAGAAGUUCAUGGUCGUAGACAAUCCCCAGAAGUUUGCACUCUUCAAGCGUAUCCAUAAGGAUGGGCAAGUACUUUUCCAGAAACUCUCCGUGGCUGACUGCCCCCUCUAUCUGCGCUUACUUGCUGGGCCCAACACAGAUGUUCUCAGCUUUGUACUAAAGGAGAACGAGACUGGAGAGGUAGAGUGGGAUGCCUUCUCCAUUCCUGAACUCCAGAACUUCCUAACAAUCCUGGAAAAGGAGGAACAGGACAAAAUUCAACAAGUGCAGAAGAAGUAUGACAAGUUCAGGCAGAAACUGGAGGAGGCAUUAAAGGGAUCCCAAGGCAAACCUGGCUAACUGGCCCUGCUUCCUCCUCCCUCGGUGCCCUCAAAUUUAUUUUUAUUAUUAAUUAUUUUGCAACAGACAUUUCUUCUCAGGAUGUCUCUGGCAGAUAUGUCUAUCUCCACGGAAGUUCUGGAUGUGACCUGGUCUCUGAUAGGACAUGUAUGGGGCUGGGGCUUGUGAUGGCCAUGCCAUGCCCAGAAAGGCUAGGCUUGUAUCAUCUGUAGGGUUUUACAGACCAAACACUUGAUUCUCCAUCAUCACACUGGAAUCAUUCCUACUAGCUGACAAAGGAAAGAAAGAUGGUUUUAGAAUUCUGUAUUCUCAUACUUGCUUGGUUUUUCUUCCAUUUUUCUUCUUUGCCAUCACAGUACCUUUAUUUAUGAGUUGAAAUUUGCACCACGUUCCUUAAGCAGGUUUGAACUAGACCCUAGAAUGCUCAUGAAAAAGAACUAUCCUCCACUAUCCCAAGGUACCUGCUGCUCCUCUUAAGGGAAGGUCAUAAAGCCACUGGCCCAGGUGCCAAAGAUCAAAGCUGAUGUUGGCUUAAAGAUUCCAGAGACACUGCAGCUUGCCCAGGCUCCAGCACUCAAGAGUCUGUGCAUAUAAAUCCAAAUCUGCGGACAUGUGGCACAAGUCAAAUAUUUGUCAACAAUUGUUUGUUUUUAAGUUACCAUUAAAUCCGCUAUCAUCUUCACAUGUUUCCACCAAAGGGAAACAAGCCAUCUAUGAUUUUUAAAGUCUCCUGAUGAGUACAGAAAUCAGGCAGUUGGAGAAAGCCAAAGAGCGUUGCUGAGAAGCAUGGGCACGCUGUACUCAGCCUUCCCCCAGUAGUGCAGAUGGCCUGGCUGCCAUGUUUUCUCCCAUGGCCACUCUCCUCUCAGUGGGAUGCUGAAGCCUCACCUAGAAGCUUGGUCAUGGGACUCAGCCAACUUUACUGUUCAGAAACACCAUCAUGUUCAGUAAGCCUGUGGGCCCAGCCUCCCUGCUGACCUCAGUGCCUUUUCAUUUGCCGAGAGACUCAGGAGCAGGGUGUAAGCAUAAAACUCUGCUCCUGACAUGCUUCAUUUGAGAAGGAGGCGAGACCAAGAGAACUCUAUGGUGUGAGGGUCAUGGGUCUUUUCCAUCCAAUGCCUUGGGCUCCUAGGAAUUGCUGUCAAACCUCAAGUCAGAUUCCGUAACUCUGCAGCUCUUUGCUUAUGUUCAAACUUUAAAAUAAGUUAAGUCAUGCAAAUAGCCAGCCUGCAGAAACUCCAGUGCAGAAGGAGGACUUGAACUUCUAAUCCAGUCUCUGAGAGACCAUUUCUUUGUUGUCUUUUGCUUUGUCAAGACCCUGUUAGGUUGGUUCAAGUCUAAAGAAGUAUUGUCAAGUCUAAGAAAGAAAAAGUGUUCUGAGAAAAAAAUCUCAGAAGAUUUUUCUGUGAUGCUUGCUGAAUCCACACUACCCCUGGUCCCAGAAGGUGUGCUGGCCCCUCAUACUCCAAACUGUGUGGUUCUCCAAACUGCAAAAGCAAGAGAGGCUGACAGCUCUAUGAGAUUUAUGAACCCCUAAACCUGGUUAUCUGGCUCAGCUUCAUUGCUUCCCUGCUCCUUCAAAAGUUUUUUUAAAGCCUCUCUCUGCUGUGUAUUAAAUGAAGUGGGAGAGAGAGCCCUUUCCUCUUCGUGCUGCAUGGCUCUUGUGAACAAAGGCAUGGCUCCUGCUGCAAUUGCUGUGAAUGCUGCUCAAACUCCCCUGUUUGGGGUGGCCAUUUUAUUUUUGAGGACAAAAAAAAAGUUAUGUACAUAUCAUAUAUACAUAGAGGCAAAUUGCUACAUAUAAAAAGAUUUGGGUGUUUAUGAAAUAAAAUUAUGGUUCAAUUCGUUUUAUCUGAAGCACAGUUCAGCCCAGGCCAGGCUGAGGUUUGGCCCUGGAAAGAAUGUGUCUCAAGUUUCCCUUCCCCUGGGAAGGGUGUAAUGCUGGCAGUGCCUUCUAUCAGUGUGGUCCCAGUGUGUCAGUGUUCAUUUUGAGAAUAUUUCUUUUUGAAUGUCUUUCAUAUAUGGGUUUUGAGAAAAGUAAUAAAAGCUUGUUGCAAAAAU